AUGUCCAUUUCUAGCUGCCACACUGUUGAUCAUGUGAGGCCGCAGGGGAAAUUCAUUGCGAUCCGGAGAGACGAGCGGUAUAUGCUGUACCCCAGCCAUCUUUCCGGGGCUAGUCAGGUUAUCCGUUCCGACAUGGGCAUCACUUCUAAGGCUAGUUUACCGUUCCCAACGCACGCAUUCCGAGGCAUUGAAGACACUGAAGAUGAAGUGGCGCUGAUGCCGGGAAAGGCCAAAGAGACACAGGGCUCCGCCGACCCUGCUGACUCGAGCAUGGGCCAGAGUGGCCCAAGCUAG